CAGAGGUGCUCCCCGCCGCCCUUCCCCGGGGCUGAAUGGCGGGGGCGCCGGGCGGCUCUUUGUUCCUGCCGAGUGCGUGUGCGCGUCGCUCGGGCUGCCGGAGUGGGAGGGGAUCCGGCCCGCGCCGCCGUUAACGGGAGGCGCAGGAGGGGCGCAGGAGCGGGGCCGGCGGAGCGGCAGGCACAGCGGCGCAGGGCCGGACCCCAGCGCUGCAAGCGGCGCUCCCCGGCGCUCCCGCCUCCCCCGGCAGCCGGCCGCUGCCCUCCGGCGGCGCGGCGGAGCAGGUGCCGGCGGCGGCAGCGGGCCGGCAGGAUGGAGGCUGCCUUGCUGAAGCCGGCGAUGAUGGCGGAGGUGAAGGGGAGCGGCGCCGGCUCUGCCGUCAGCGCCGAGCUGGAGGUGAAGAAGCUGCAGGAGCUGGUGCGGAAGCUGGAGAAGCAGAACGAGCAGCUCCGGAGCCGCGCCGCCGCCGCCGCGGUGGCCACCGGCCCGCCCAGCCCGCACCUGCUGCUGGCCCCACCGCCGGCCCCGGGCGGGCUGCGCCCCGCCAGCCCCCCCGCCGCGGCCCCGCCGUGCCUGCCCAGCCCGGUGCCCACCCUGCUGUGCCCGCCGGAGCCCCUCGCCUACUUCACACCCUCGCCCGGGCCGCCGGCCGCUGGCGGCGGGCAGGAAGGCGGCGGCGGCCCGGGGGCGGCGGCCACGGUGCUGGAUGAGGUGGCGGUGCUGGAGCUGGAGGACGGCUGCGGAGAGGACGAGGAUACAUGGUUGUACGUCUUGCCUACCAAGACUCACACUCCACGAGAGAAAUCUCUGAGUCCUAUGCAGUGGUGCAGACGUGUUCUGGAUCAUCCAACUCCUGAGAUAGAAGCUGCAAAACGUUCCCUAUGCUUUAGACUGGAACAAGCUAGCCGAUGGCGGAACCUCUUCUCUACACCUGUCUCCUUGGCUUUUCCCUAUAGUCCUGUUGCAAGGCUCACCCCAUAUACCAAUGGCUGUAAUAGUCCCAGCUUCUCUAAAACUUCCAGUAAAGCAAUACUAACACCUGAACGGACAGGGUACAUUUCUAGGAGUUCCCCUUUGAGUCCACAGUCAUCAAUAGACAGUGAACUGAGCACUUCGGAGCUGGAAGAUGAUUCCAUCUCCAUGGGAUACAAGCUGCAGGACCUCACUGAUGUUCAGAUCAUGGCUCGUCUACAGGAGGAGAGCCUUAGGCAAGAUUAUGCUUCAACUUCAGCAUCUGUGUCAAGGCACACUUCCAGUGUUUCUCUGCAUGCGGGAAAAAAAGGGACAUGCAGUGACCAGGAAUAUGAUCGCUAUAGUCUUGAGGAUGAGGAAGAGUUUGACCACCUUCCACCUCCGCAGCCACGUCUGACUCGCUGCUCCCCCUUCCAAAGAGGGAUUCCUCACUCACAGACUUUCUCCAGUAUCCGGGACUGCAGGAGGAGCCCUACUUCCCCGCAAUUCCCUACAAAUACUUAUCAGCAGCCCUUCUACUCUCCUCAAGCCCAAACUCCAGAGCAGCAACCAAAUAGGAUUAAUGGAGACAAGCUCCGCAGAAGCAUGCCUAACCUCGCUCGGAUGCCAAGCACCCCCACCAUUAGCAGUCCUGCUGGCUUUGCGGGUUCUCCUGUCACUGUGAGGAAUAGUCAGAGCUUUGACUCCAAUUUGCAUGGAGCUAGUAAUGGGAUUUCAAGGAUGCAGUCGUGUAUUCCAUCACCAGGACAGCUUCAGCACCGAGUUCACAGUGUGGGACAUUUUCCAGUGUCUGUCAGACAGCCUCUCAAAGCUACUGCCUAUGUAAGCCCAACUGUACAAGGGAGUAGUAAUAGUAGCAGUAUUCCAGUGUCCAGUAACUCGCAGCUGUAUUCCAACACUGGGAUCCCAAUGCCAAACAAGACUGCUGGGCAAGGCAUUGUAGGGCGCAGUGCUCUUCCAAGACCAUCGCUGGCCGUCAAUGGGAGUGGCAUUCCCAGAAGUAAAAUUGCACAGCCAGUUCGAAGAGCCAAAGCAGUGACUGUUGAAGAUGGAUGGUCUUUGCACUGCGGGAAUGCAGAGUUCAUAGGACUCAAAAUGCACAGUUUUCUUCAGCCUCCAAAGCCAUUGUCGUCACUGAGCACGAUACGGGAUGGGAACUGGAGAGACGGCUGCUAUUGAUGAAGGAUGCCCCUCAACAGUGGAAAACACAUAAUGUGGAUUUCAUUACCCAGCUGGCUGGGUAACAGUGAUUUGUAAAAGGAGGGUCGUACAGUAUUAUUUUCCCCAGGAUCUUAAUCUGUAACUAUCUACAAUGCCAUGUCAUUUUUAAAAAAUGAACAUCUUAUCAAAUACUAAAUAUUGCACUUAAUCAGUUACCUGAACAGCUGCAUUGUUAGCAGACUAACAAUGGCAGUGUUGGCAUUUGGAGCUGAAGAAAGUAUUAUAUGUGUGCAAAAUACAAGAAUAUUUCCUUGGCACGAACUAGGAGAUUUUGCUUUUGGGCAGCUUUGCCGUACUGAAGUUCUGAGAUAAUUUAUUCAGUGUAAAGUCAUCACACAUUUUAUUUUCAAUUUUGGGGUACUUAUGUAUGUGCUUGAAUUUUUUUCUAGUGCUUUCAGUAUAUUUUAUUUUGUAUACUUAAGUUCAUUUAAACUUGCCUGGACCUUGAACUACAGAGAGAUAAUUUAACUUUUUCUGUGCCAUAAAUAAUAUUUUUGGGGUAAUGUACUUUUUUAGCACUAGGAACAUAUCUUAAAAAUCUGACCAUUGGCAAUACAAAGCAGUAUAUUUAAGUUGCAGAAGCACAAAAGGAAAAAAGGUAGCAUUCACUGGAAAUCGCUAUCCAGCUGGGUCAGCAUGGUUUUGUUGGUCUACCACCAUUUGUUGAAUUGUUAUUUUAUUGUCAUAGUGUUUUGUAUUUAAAAUGGCAGCAUAAAUCACAUUGCACUUACAAAGGUACAGUGAUCUCUAAAACUACCGUUGAUUUUCAGUACUUUAUUACAAAGUAUAAAAUUGUAAUGUUUUAUUAACAGUUGCUUAUGGAAAAUGAGUUUUAAUGUGAAUAAAUCUUUUGAUAGAUCUUUUACAAAAUCCAAUUGCACUAAUCAAUGCUUUCUUACAAUGGCAUAUGAUUUAAUAUUUGAUUACAACUGUGUAUACUGCUGUUUUGGAAUGUUUCAGGAAAUAAAGAAUCUAUUUCAGCAAUAA